GGAGGCGCGGGCGGCGGCGCGGCCGUCCCACCUGCCCGGCCCGCUCAGCCCUCCGGCGGCGCGCGCUCCUCCUCCCGCGGGGCCCCGGUCACCGCUCGCAGUCCGUGCGGGGUCCCGCUCGCAGCGGCCGACGGGCGAGUAGCUCCCGGAAAGCCGGCGGGCGACGCGCGCAGCCACGACGGAGCAGCCGCGGGACUGGCCGCCCCGCGCCCCGUUCGCCGCCGUGCCGUUCCCCGGCGCGCUCACCCCGUUCUCGGGAUGGGAGUGUAGCGGCGGCGCGGACUCGGCGGGGAUAGCGGCGGAGGCGGCAGCGGCGGCGGCCGAGCGCGGCUCCAUGUUUUCCCCUGGCCAGGAGGAACCCAGCGCCCCCAACAAGGAGCCGGUGAAAUACGGGGAGCUGGUGGUCCUGGGGUACAAUGGUGCUUUACCUAACGGUGACAGGGGCAGGAGGAAAAGCAGAUUUGCCCUCUAUAAGCGGACUAAGGCCAACGGUGUCAAACCCAGCACAAUCCACGUGGUCUCUACACCCCAGGCAUCCAAGGAGGAGAAGUAUGAUGUUGAGCAGGUCGGGCUUCAUGUGUCAGCAGAGAAGAUCAAGAGUCCGGCCAUCAGCUGCAAAGGGCAGCACAGCAUAUCCUACACUUUGUCACGGAACCAGACUGUAGUGGUGGAGUACACACACGAUAAAGACACGGACAUGUUUCAGGUGGGCAGGUCAACAGAAAGCCCCAUCGACUUCGUGGUCACAGACACGGUGUCCGGCGGUCAGAACGAUGAUGCCCAGAUCACACAGAGCACCAUCUCUAGGUUUGCCUGCAGGAUCGUAUGUGACAGGAACGAGCCAUACACAGCACGCAUAUUCGCAGCGGGAUUCGAUUCUUCCAAGAAUAUAUUUCUCGGAGAGAAGGCAGCGAAAUGGAAAAACCCUGAUGGACACAUGGAUGGGCUCACCACUAACGGUGUCCUGGUAAUGCACCCGCAAGGAGGCUUCACCGAAGAAUCCCAGCCUGGAGUCUGGAGAGAGAUCUCUGUUUGUGGAGAUGUGUACACCUUGCGAGAGACCAGGUCGGCCCAGCAGAGGGGAAAGCUGGUGGAAAGUGAGACCAACGUCCUACAAGACGGCUCCCUCAUUGACCUGUGUGGGGCCACUCUUCUCUGGAGAACCGCAGAUGGCCUUUUCCAUGCUCCUACUCAGAAGCACAUUGAAGCCCUCCGGCAGGAGAUCAAUGCAGCCCGACCCCAGUGUCCCGUGGGCCUCAACACCCUGGCCUUCCCCAGCAUCAACCGGAAGGAAGUGGUAGAAGAGAAGCAGCCCUGGGCAUACCUGAGCUGCGGCCACGUGCACGGCUACCACAGCUGGGGUCAUCGGAGCGACGCAGAAGCCAAUGAGAGGGAGUGUCCCAUGUGCAGGACUGUGGGCCCCUACGUCCCUCUCUGGCUGGGCUGCGAGGCAGGAUUUUAUGUCGAUGCAGGACCCCCAACUCACGCUUUCACCCCCUGUGGGCACGUUUGUUCAGAGAAGUCUGCCAAGUACUGGUCGCAGAUUCCACUGCCCCACGGAACCCACGCAUUUCAUGCCGCCUGUCCGUUCUGCGCCACGCAGCUGGUCGGUGAACAGAACUGCAUCAAAUUGAUUUUCCAAGGUCCAGUGGACUGACUCCCUGCCAGCCAUCUAUACGGCAUUAACACGUUACUGUGAAGAUUCUGCCACUAACUGUAGAUUCUACCUUUUUGUAAUGCUGUUUGUUAAGGGGAAGGAGGACUGGGUUGGGGAACGGGGCUGGUGAUGAAAUGCAGCAGGCCAGGCGCUGACAGAUACCACUGUGUUUUGCAUGCUCAGAACAGCAGCAUCGUCACCAAGGUCUGCCCGAUUAAACUUUAAUACCUGUGUAAUAAUUGGAUCUCAUCUGCCAUGCUUUUCAUUUUAACUUUAGGUUUUUAACCAGAUUGUUUUUUCCCCUUUGUAAACUUGGGUAAGAUUUUACAAAUGUAGAAGAAAUGUACUCAAAAGAUGUCUCUUAGGGCACAGCCUGCAGAGCCGUGUGGCACAGGCGCCACACAUCUUGUGAUGUUCAGUCGCUGGGAAUACUUGACAGUGGCUAGAAUCUGACCCAAUACCUAAGCUCUACCGGCCCUGCCACAAACACUGGUGGACAGGAUGCGUAGGCCAUGCACUUGUCUUGAAAUCUGCAGCUUUUUCUCACUUUUUCUUUUUUUUUUAAAAAACCUUUGGGUGGAAGAGAGUAUCCAUACACUAUUUUAUUUUAACUUUGGUGUAAUUCACUUACGUACGCAUUCAUCAGAUACUUGGCAUGUCAAACAAAGAAUUUCCCCAUGGCUUUAAUCUGCCCUGUUAUUUUUGCUAAUUAUGGGCUGUCUCUGCUCCUCAUCUUGCAUGUCAAGAAGUGACUGGUUGGUUGACUGAUUGAUUGAUUGAUGGUUGAAUUCAUGAGCUAGGGUAGUGGACAUGCACUAAGGGGGCUGUUGCUGCUAUUGGCAUCAGUGGGCAUGUUCUAGGUACUCUAAUAUCAGCUUUUAUCUGUACACCAGAAUACUUAAGACCCAAGUGGGAUUUAAAAUAUGCUUUUACUUUUUAAAACCCACUUGUUGACACUUCACAGUAUGGUUUCCUCCUCUUCUUAGGAAAGUCAAAAUUUUGUAAGCCCAGAAGCAACAAGUGACAAUGAGAUUGCUAUUUCUGUCCCCUACCUUCCUGCCAUCUUUCACCUUCCCUUUCAGUUUAAGGAGCCCCAUAAAGUUUUGUUUUUUGUUUUGGUAUUUGCAAAUCAAACUAAAGCUAAAUGUGAUCAUUAGAUACCCGGAGCACUGAGCAGCAUGUCUGCAGAGAUCAUUUGAGAUUCCUGAUUUUGAGAGAACAAGUGAGUGUUUACUGAGGACUAAUUAAAUCAGAAUUUCAUGUGACCUGCACUGGCCCUCUCUUUCAGUUUCAUCUUGCAUUGACUAAUGAUGCCUGAAUGCUUGUUUUUCUGUGUGUAGUAUUGGUGGUUCCCAGAAUGUCAGCAUGGAGAGACACGUGGGGCUUAGCUGCAUUCCACCCCAUUCCCAGGGAAACAGUCUUCAGUUAAAUUAAUGUCUGCUCAGGAGGACCAUCAACAGAUUUGAGCUGCCUGUUUUAGCUUUUGUAAAUAUAAAUAAUUUAUAUGAUUAUGACAUAUCCAUACUUGAAUUGGUUUUUCCAUAUCUUGCCUAUUAGCAGAUAUUUUGCCUAUUUUCAGCAAAUUAAACCUAUUUGAGUACUUUUUCCUGAAAGCAAAAUAAUAUUAUUCUUCUGUAGCGCUGCUGCUUCGUUUGACUCAGUAUGCUGGAUUUACCUGUCGUUUUAAAAAUAGCUUUAUUUUCCCGUGGAGACUGUUAAUGUAUUAAGAGAGAUUUUUUUGUUGUUUUAAUUAUAUUUAUGAUGUGAAAAUCCAACAACAGUCUUUUUACUGGUAGUUCCCUGUGUUCUACAUAGAUUACCUGUAGACAAAAAAUAGAGACAGACAGACAGACAGACAGAUAGACAGACAGACAACUUUCUCGAGAAACCUAUAGGGUGUCAUCUGGUGCAGCCAGAAUUUCCAUCACUGGUUUUCAGAGAAGGAUAAAAGAUGCACUCAUCCUCCCCCGACCCCACCUCCUUAUAUGGAGAUAGAUACUUGGAGAAUUCUUGAUGUCCUGGGAUUAUCUUCUAAGAUAAAGGGUCUUUAUACCCAGAAAGAUUAAAUUUCAACUAUCCAAAAAAAAAAAAUUUUUUUAAAGGAAGUUCACUCUGAUAUCAGACUUCUCUGUGUCAAGGACUGUGUCUGGUCGUUCUGUGUCUAGCAUACACCUCCAGAUAAGGCAAGCCCCACACCGUCAGAGGUCAUAACAUUGCAAACUCGGCUCAAGUGCAAGCUGAAACUCAUAAACCACAGGCUCUUCGGCAGCAGUAGGGCCACCUGGAGCUUUUCCUUGGGUUUCCAGGUGAGCUCCUGUCCCCAUAGCCCCUGCCAGAGGAAUAAAGAGGUGUCAACCUGCAAAGACAGCCAAGCUGCCAUGGACGAUUUCUGUUCAGUCACUUUCUGAGGAAAGGUUCUCAAGCUUGAAAACAGUUACGUUUUUGAGAAUAAAGAAGUGUAGUUCAUCCUAGUCGGAUGAUACGGUUGAGAAAAGCAAACUUCUCCAAGGUCAUCUCUGUGUUCAGGUUUGGCGGUCCUCACAUAAAGGAUGAAUCCCAACCCCCUCCCACUUGUACAUAAGGAGAUCACCAACCACUUACCCUGGUCUCAGCCCGACCAUUUGCCUUUUCAAAUAGGUUUCCAGAAGUCAAGCCCUAGUGACAUGCCUCCAUAGAUGAUAUUUUUUUCAGUUGUGUCAUUUUCUUACAAAAAAAAAAAAUCAGAGUGAAUGGGAUAUAGCUCUGAGUAUUUUUCUAGUGUUUUUUAUUAGUAAUAAUAAUAAAUGGUGCUGCUGGGUCAUGCACACUGCGGCUCUCCACAUUUCUCUGAUUUCGUUCAGCUUUUGCAAAAAGGGCUACAGUUCACACUGCAGAGUAAGAACUAGGCUUUCUGGGUCCUUCCCCACCCCCCGUACUUCUGUGGCCUGAAAUAAUUAAAAUCAUUUAAUAUAAAUAGCAUAUUUAUAUCAUUCCUCAAUAGUUAAUUAUAGGGUUUGGUACCUUUGUGCCUCAGGGAAGCCACGUGAUAUAACCGGUUAUAGACUUGCAGGGUUAGGGCAUAGAGAAAGGAGAAAGCCAUUGGAAACAGGACGGACUCCAUUAAGGAGACGAGCUAAUCUAGGUGCAGAAGAAUGCCAGGACCGGCAUAAAUGUGAUUGUAGUAGAAUUUGUUUCCCAGUGCUAGUAGGGAAAUCGUUUUAAGUUAUUACGUAUACUGUAUUCGGAGAGUCGGGACCUCUCCGUAAAGCAGCAAGGCCCCCUAUUUUCCCUUACCAGUCUCUGCAAGCAAGAGCUCAGUAUUGAUUUCUGGACCCUUCUAAGAGUUUAGGGUAUACAUGUUCUACUUAUGUGUACUAACGGUUGUUCCAUGAUCUCACUCCUUGCUUUUCUCCUUCAGAGCUGUUCUUUUCUUGAGGUGGGCACAAGAGGUGGGCAGUCAUGCCACUCUUGGUCCUGACUUCAUGCAGUCUUGCCUCUCAUGGUGGGAUUUCAGACAGAUAAGCCCCGCCCAAGCCCUUGAUUUCACCAGAUGUGAUUCUGUUCCUGAAGCUGUCAGUCUCCUGAUCUCAGAGCUCUGCCUUUUGGACUGAGGGUCUGAAGCUCCUGUGGUGAGGAGCAGAGGUCACAGCUCCAGUGGUUGCUUUAUAACCCAAGGCCAAUGAGGUAACUUCAGAAUAUCUGUAAAAGACGCUAAGCAUUCCUGAAGCAGUAGAAACAGAAGAGUUCUGCCGUUACUUUGUAGUAAUGCGCCCUCACAAACGUCUGCCCUCUCUACUCCCCAGUGGGCAGUAAGGGAAAAUGAAUACAUUUUCCAGGUCUGCUUAACUUUCUAAACAAAAAUAAACAUGCUAAAAAGGAUGUUCUGCCUUUUAAGAUGAGACCGCAGAUGGCUUCUCUCUGUUAAAUAAUCUAGAAGUCAGGGGCCUGGUCGUAUUUACCAUGUAUAGUGUUAUGAGCAGUUAGAAUUUAUGGCUAUAUUUGUAAAAUCUGUUCUUUUAUAUUUCAUGUCAAAUUGAAAACUUUAUUUCUUCACUGUUGUACCUGUGGAAAUACAAGCCAUUUUACAGGAAAAAAAAAUCUUUAAAAGCUAUUAAACGAAUCUCACCAUGUUUGUAAGUUGUCUUCAGACUCUUGUUGUCACCAGCUUCACGGGGACAUUCGGUAGGACAUGGAUGCAAAUGUAGACUUUAUUUGUACAUUUCUGGAACUUCCAAACGAAUCCCUGACAGACACGAUUAUUGUUUCCUUAUACUCUGCACACCGCAUUCUUACAUCUGUGUUCUGAGAUCUCCCAAAUUUUUUAUUAAAGAGACUUCAUUUUAUUAA